AUGGAGGUGGCGCAAACUCCUCUGCAGCUGACUCAAGAUCACUCCGAUGGAAGGAUGACAGGUGACGGCAACACAUCACCACUUCGCUGGUCGCCACCAUCAUCAGCCGCAUUAGUAGCUGCUGCGCUCGCUCCACCAGCCCUCAGACCCUGGCUGCCAGACCCGCCCAGCAAGAAGACCAACCACUUGGGAUUGAUCUGCGUGGUCUGCGGUGACACGAGCUCUGGUAAACACUAUGGCAUCCUCGCGUGCAACGGCUGCAGCGGAUUCUUCAAGAGAUCCGUUCGAAGGAAACUUAUUUACAGAUGUCAAGCAGGUACCGGCCGAUGCGUGGUGGACAAAGCACAUAGGAAUCAGUGUCAAGCUUGCAGACUGAAGAAGUGUCUCGCUAUGGGCAUGAAUAAAGAUGCCGUGCAGAAUGAGCGCCAGCCUCGCAACACGGCUACCAUCAGACCCGAGGCUUUGAGGGACAUGGAUCAGGAACGAGCGCUCAGAGAAGCUGCUGUAGCUGUGGGGGUGUUUGGGCCACCAGUAUCCCUCGCCAUGGCUCUAUCCCCGGCGCGCUAUCCACUACUAUCCCCGCACUACGCGCCUCUCCCUCCGCCGCCCGCGCAGCCUCAACCCGACUCGUCGCAACACAACGAUGAUAACCACGUGCAUAGUGAUAGUGAUGAUGACAGUAUCGACGUAACGAAUGAAGAGGAUUCCACUUCAUACUCGCCUCCAGCUGCCAUGAACUACCAACAGAACUGUGCCUCUUACAGGCCGUUAGGAGUCGAGAGCGCGGCGGAGUCAGCAGCACGCCUGCUGUUCAUGGCCGUCAAGUGGGCGAAGAACUUACCUUCUUUUGCCAGCCUCGCUUUUAGAGAUCAGGUAAUCCUACUAGAAGAAGCUUGGUCAGAACUAUUCCUACUGAACGCCAUACAAUGGUGCUUGCCGCUCGACGCCGCCUGCGCAGCGCUCUUCGGCAGCGAUCAGAUCGAGCAAGAGACGGGCGUGGACUCGGCGACUCUGCGCCGUUUGCGCGAAGUGCUCGCCCGAUACAGAACUGUGUUGGUCGAUCCUGCUGAGUUCGCGUGCAUGAAAGCUAUUGUGCUGUUUAAAUCUGAAACACGAGGUCUAAAAGAUCCCCUACAAAUCGAGAAUCUACAAGACCAAGCUCAAGUGAUGCUAAUGACCCACGCCCGCACCGCCCACGGGACCGCUCCGGCAAGGUUCGGCCGACUCCUAUUAUUACUACCUCUACUCCGUUCAGUAACUCCUCAGCAAUUAGAAAGAGAAUUCUUCGCUAAAACCAUAGGACAAACGCCUAUGGAAAAAGUAUUAGCUGAUAUGUAUAAGAAUUGAAAACUCUGCAGUUGUAAUUCUGUUGGUUGAACUCUG